ACAACAGUGACAGUAGAUAAACCCAAUAUCUUUCUAUGGAAACUCUUGAAAUAAACGUCCACGAAACAUUGAUCCAAAGAAUGUCAGAGACACCAAGGUUCAUUGCUUUGGUUGAACAGUACGAGUGCUUGUGGAAGAAGGCAUACAGGAAUAAUUUGGCAGCACGGCGAAAAGCUUGGGAAGAGGUUGCCGAGAAGUUGUACGGUUGCAGUUGGAAUACUUUCUCGUUUAGUGAUAAAAAGGCCGCAAGAUCUGAGCUGCAGAAAAAAUGGAAAAACAUUAAGGAUUCUUUUCUGAAAGAGCUAAGACAUCAACAGCACGAAAAAUCAGGCCUAGCAAAUAAGAAAAAGGCGAAAUAUAUGUUCUUCGACUAUUUAAUGUUUUUAAUACCAGAAAUUGACCCUAGAAGUCGCAAUCGGUUUCCAUUUAUCAACAACAGCACGGAAAGCUACCCCAGCAGUGUCGAACAGGACCCUAUGAAAGACGAUAACAGUUGCGAAACAUAUAGCUAUGAAAACGCCUGUGAAUCACCACCUCCACUAUCCCCCGAGGAAAAAUCUACAACAGCGGUAGCUAGAUCUACAACUGUAAUACGACGCCGGCCAACAAAGUCCAAGAUUACUUCGGUGCAGUUCAGAUCCAGGUUACUGAAAAUAUUAUCACAGCAACAGAACCAAAAGCCAAAUUGCGCCCAUGAUGAUGAUGAGUCAUUUUUUCAUUCAUUAUUACCAAUUGUCCGGAAAUUGGAUGAGCAACAAAAAAUUCAAUUUCGGAUGGAAGUUUUGAAUUCAUUACGAAGUGCUCGGAGCUUCAAUAAUAUUCCUCCGCAAACAGCGAUGAACCUUGGGAACUUAUCAAACAACCAGUCAUACUUUCCUUUAUCACAACAUCAAUUACAAAUCUACUCCCUUCCCUCGACACACACGGAUUUAACAAAUGCAAAUGGUAGUCAUCCACAACAAAACACAAAUGGUGUGAAUGUGUCGAAUGCAUCCCAACUAGAACAUGUAUCUUUGUCGAACGAUUUGGACAGUCGGAAAAAUCAGAAUGUUCAAGUGUAUUCAAAUGUUUUAUGAAAGCCGAUUAAAUCCGAACCAAAUUUUGAUGAACUAAGGUAAAACUGAGAGCCCCAGACGGUUCAGAAGGCUCUAAUAUAGAAACCGCAAAAAUGCCAACUUCAUGUUGUAUAUUAAUUCAUGUUAGCCUGGUUGUAUAUAUUAAACUAUAGAAAUGCUAAAGAUCCUCACAAGCUCAGGCUAUAUAUAUAAUCCAAUCUUUUUAAAAAUUAUUUCAAGAAUACUGGAAUGAAAUAAUGCGGAAUGGUUGCUAUAGAUUCAGUUUUUGCAAGAGAAUUUCCUCCUUGCUCGGACUUUAUUUUCGCUAUAAUCAUCGGAAGAAAAUAUUUCAUAAAAAACUUGAAUGGAAAAAAAUGUAAAGUAGAUGCAGGUAACCCCAGCGUGGCUGACAAAUGUUUACGAUUAGGCCUACAUAAUCAUUGUAGAUAAAUUUAGUUCAGAGAUACUUAAGCAGGAGUAAGGCAUAUUUUGAGUCAGCAUUGUGUUACGAAGUAGAAACGUUAUCAAUGGAAUUUUUCGUCAAAUUUGGGCCCAGUCAACCAAAGAGAAAAAGGCACAUAACAAAAAUCAUAAAGACCAAUAGGCAUUGUCAUUUGGUGUAGUCAUAUAAGCUUUUAUUAUUUAAGAUGUAAAUAUUAGAUGCCUUACAAAUAUUGAACUUGUUUUUUUAAUAAAGUUACAAAGUAUUAACUAU